CAGCAUGUAUCGCUCCACCAAGGGAGCGUCCAAGGCUCGACGGGACCAGAUCAACGCCGAGAUCCGGAACCUGAAGGACUUGUUGCCCAUCUCGGACACGGACAAAGCCCGGCUGUCGUACCUGCACAUCAUGUCUCUGGCCUGCAUGUACACCAGGAAGUCCGUCUUCUUCACUUCAACGGAGGCGGACGGCGCGUCCGGCGAGCCGAGCGCGGGCUUCCUCUCCUUCCGCGAGCUCUCUGACUUGAUGCAGGCGCUGCCGGGCUUCCUGAUGCUGCUGACGGGGGAAGGGAAGCUGCUCUACCUGUCCGACAGCGUCUCCGAGCACCUGGGUCACUCCAUGGUGGACCUGGUGGCGCAGGGGGACAGCGUGUACGACAUCAUCGACGCCUCGGACCAGCUGACCAUGAGGAGCAACCUGUCGAGAUCCACCUCCCCCGAGAUGGAUCGCCUAUUCCGCUGUCACUUCAACACCUCCAAGUCGGUGCGCAGGCAGAGCGCUGGGAACAAGCUGGUUCUGAUCCGAGCUCGCUGCCUCUCUGCUCCCUCCGUCUCCCCGACCACGACCACGACCACUGGGUCCUACUGGUCCUCCAAUCCAGUCUGGGUGUGCUUCUGCUCCCCUUUGGAGCACCAACCCACCCAGUCCGGGGAGUCCAGUGCUCCUCUGGGUGACACCAAUCUAUUCCUGGCCUCUUUUCACUCCCAACAUGGCCGCGACAUGAGGCUACAGGCCGCCCAGGACAGUGUGAGCGCUUAUCUGGGCUUUGAUGUGGCGGCUUUACGUUCCUGCUCCUGGUACAGCCUCCUACACCCCCAGGAUCUGUCACAUGCUUCUACUCAACACCGUAGCCUGCUGCGAGAGGGAGGAGAGGGCCGGGCUGAGAUGGUGGUGCGCGUACAAGCUCAGGACCAGACGUGGGUUUGGAUCUACAUGGUGCUCCAGCUGCAGCCCGGAGAAAUCCCCAUCAGCAGCAGCAACUACGUCAUCAGCGAGUCGGAGGCUUGGUCUGUGCGUCAGCAGCUGAGCUCCGAGCAGAGUCAGCUCAGCCUGGUUCUCAGCGCCGGCCCCUACCAGCAGGAGGGCGCUGGCCUCCAGUCCCCGGAGACGCUCUCCAGUCCGGACCAGGUCUUCACCCCGGGAAGCAGCGGCCUGUCCGGCCAGUCCUUCGACUUCAGCACGGCGGGCUGCAGCGUGGCGUCCUCCGACGAGCGCGGGAGCUUGGCCGCCGAGGCGGCGCGGCCGGAGGGGGAGCCGCGCUCCAGCAUCUCCUCCCUGGAGGAGGAGGCUUUCUUCCAUCCGCCUCCCGUGCGCAGCAGCAGCCCCUCCUCCCCCACCCCGCUCACAGUGGAGACGGUGUCCGACUUGGACUUUUUAACCCAGAACAUCCUCAUGCCGCCCUCCUUCGAGCUGGACCCCCCGCUGCCGGCCCUCCCGCUGCCACUCCCCCCUGUGCCCACCUCAGCUCAGCAGACCAAGGAGUUUGUGUGCACCCCCCCCUACACCCCUCACAUUGGAGGGGCGAGCUUUCCGUUCGGGGAACCCCUCUUCAGCUUCGACCCCACCGGCACCACCACGCCGCCCCUCUCUGCCACCACAGCCACCGCCACCACCUCCCUGGCCCCCUCGGCGGCGUCCUCCUCGGCGCCUCCCACCACCACUUCCAGCCCCGCCCCCACCACCACCCUGUCCACCAAGCUCCCGCUCAGCCUUUCCACCCCCUCCACGGAACUCCUCUUCCCGGUGGAGCCCUGCUGCGGAGCGCUGUAUGAAAAACUGCCGCCCACCCCGGACAGCCCCGGAGACGACGACUGCACGGUGAUGACCCUCCCUGAGGUCCGGGGUCCGCUCUACGUCGACGUACCCUUGGGGCCUCUUCAGUGUCCCCCCGAGGGCCUCCUCACCCCCGAGGCGUCCCCUGGGAAACAGCCCUGCCUCGCCUUCUUCUCCCUGGAGCGGGAGCGCGAGAAGGAGAGGGCGGAGAUCUCCCUCCUGGCCCAGCACAUCAGCUCCUUGGCCGAGGGCUUCUACCUGGACCCGCUCCUGUCCAAACUCUCUCCCAUGUCCCCCUCCUCCUCCUCGCCUCCCUCGCCCUUCCUGUCUUCUGCAGACUCCGCCGACUCGGUCCAAGUGCUGCGGGAGUUUUAUCCCAUCAAAGCGUGGCGAGGUCUGGACAUCUUCAUGGAGGACGACGACUCUCUGUUUGAAGAGAGCGUCCUAGAAACUCUCCUCCAAGACGUUCCUCCUCAGUCCCAACCCUCCAGUCCGGUCUCUCCCCAGAUCCCCGUGUGCUGGCACCAAGCCUCCCAGUUUGAGGGGGCGGGCCAAUUCUGUAGCGUCCAAUCGGCGCAAGCUAACUCUGCGGACGUGCGCGGGGAGACCGAGGUGAACAUGGAGGAGGAGCAAGCGGAGGAAGCCAUGGAGAUCGAGGCGGCGUCUUCCCCGAUGUCCUCUUGCUCGUCCGUGCCUCCUCUGCUCCUCACCGCCUCGCCGGGGCCCGCCGUCACCGCGAGCGCCUCCUCCACGCCGGCCGUCUCCCCCGCACCCGUCUCCUGCGCCCAGUCCCUCCUGGAGGAGCUGGCCGUCCUGGAGCCCAUGUUUGGGGCAGGUGCCUCCAUCGCCCCUGGUUUAGGGCAACAACCUGAGUUGUAUCAACUCCAGCGUCAUCCAUCGCCACAGUGCUUCCACAAAGAUGGGAGUGGAAGCAUCCCUCCGUUCUAAAAUAAGUCUGUGACUUACUUCAUCGAGUAUGGCAUAUUGUCAUAUUUUGUGGAGACAAUUUUACUGUAAAGUAAAACAUAUUUAAGUGUAUAAAUAUACAUAAUGUAUAUACAACUACAUGUCUCCCGGGAACAAAAAAAAUGGCCUUGCUAUUUUUCCUCCAACCAUGAAGCUGUUUACUCCUACACAACAUUCCCACAACAACAACAACAACAACAUGGGCCCCCGACUGACUGAGUCCAUGUGGUGUCUCCUGCUUCAGAUACCAGCUCUGAACUCUUUAAGCCUUGUUUGACUUAAGACAUGCAUUUGUAUUCACUCGUAGUGAAAAAGAAAAAUAAUGGUUGUGAACAUGACAAAAAAAAAUGUUUUGAUAGUUGAAUUUUAGCUUCUUCUUUUUUUUUUUUGCAGCCACGCAAACUCAAAACUCAAAAGAAAAAAAAAAAGCCACCAUGAACGCUCUUUGACUUUCUUUCUGAAUCUGAAUCAAUAGCACAUGCAUCCAUCCAUUUUCUACUGCUUGUCCCUUUUGGGGUGCUGGAGCCUAUCUCAGCUACAAUCGGGCGGAAGGCGGGGUACACCCUGGACAAGUCGCCACCUCAUCGCAGGGCCAACACAGAUAGACAACAUUCACACACUAGGGCCAAUUUAGUGUUUCCACAAAAUUACCCACUUUUGAAUUUUGAGUUUGCAGCGUGAAACAUUCCAAUGUGCGUCCGCCAUCUGCCUGGCGUCUACCUUCUGUGUGUGAUGUGCAAGCAGCCAAGCAUGUGGAGACUCCAAGUUGGUGCCGCUCUCUCCUCGUACUUGUACAUUAAGACUCUGAAUGUGGGACUUUGGUUCGGGGUUCUGGACAAUCUGGUCAGCAUCAAUAUUUGCCAUGCUGCGUGCGCCUGCUUAUCAACAAAGUGACAUCGCGCCUUCCGCGCGGUGCGUGGCGGCGCCGUUGACUUCCGCGCCGACGAACGAUUCUUCUUUUUUGAGAGGGGUUAGGGGGGUUACUCGGGACUAUCAUCCGCCGAGCCACUCGGCCGGGGGAUGGUACUAUUCCCACGGUGUGGACGCGCUCACGUAGAGUUGUCUACGGUCAAGUAAAGGAUUGAUUCCUACGUUCUAGCUAUUAACGGCUAACUUAAUAUACGUGUCAAUACUGUCGUGUGUGUGUGUGUGUGACACUGGAGGAAGCUAUUUUGCAUUACCAGCAAGUUCUUUACAAGAAGGUUGUGCACAUUUGUAUGAAAAGGUUUGUACAUAUGAGAUUUCUAUGCGUACAGAAUGGACAUUGUGGACCAGUGUUCUAUUGUGUUGCUAAUAAGUGUAUUUGAUUGUCCACAAAUGCAUUUAUAAUAAAGUGCACUUAAUGCG